CUCGCGAGAACUGCGGGCCCUGGGUGUGGGAUGGACGCGGAGCCGGGAGGAACUGGUCCGCUGCUCCCCGGGCCUUCCUGCCGGCCCGAGACAUGGCCCGGGGCCCCGGCCCGCUAGGCCGCGGCUGUCCCCGCCCCGAGCCCGCCGCCAUGCCCAAGAGAGGGAAACGACUCAAGUUCCGGGCCCACGACGCCUGCUCCGGCCGAGUGACUGUGGCAGAUUAUGCCAACUCGGAUCCGGCAGUCGUGAAGUCUGGACGAGUCAAAAAAGCUGUUGCCAAUGCUGUUCAGCAGGAAGUGAAAUCUUUGUGUGGCUUGGAAGCCUCGCAGGUCCCCACAGAAGAAGUUUUCUCUGGGGCUGGGGAGCCCUGUGACAGCAGUGAUGAGAUGGAUGCCCAAGAGGAGAGCAUCCGUGAGCAGACUGUCUCCAGAAAAAAGAAAAGCAAGAGACACAAAGAAGACCCUGAGGGGGCUGUUGGAGAAGAGUAUCCCAUGGAUAUUUGGCUUUUGUUGGCCUCAUACAUUCGUCCUGAGGACAUAGUGAAAUUUUCCCUGAUUUGUAAGGACGCCUGGACCGUCACUUGCACUGCCGCCUUUUGGACCAGAUUGUAUCGAAGGCACUACACGCUGGACGCCUACCUGCCCCUCCGCCUGCGGCCGGAGUCUAUGGAGAAGCUGCGCUGUCUCCGGGCAUGUGUGAUCCGGUCUCUGUACCACAUGUAUGAGCCGUUUGCUGCUCGAAUCUCCAAGAAUCCGGCCAUUCCAGAGACCACUCCCAGCACUUUAAAGAAUUCCAAAUGUCUGCUUUUCUGGUACAGAAAGAUUGUUGGGAACAGACAAGAACCAAUGUGGGAAUUUAACUUCAAAUUCAAAAAACAGUCCCCCAGGUUAAAGAGUAAGUGUGUGGGAGGGUUACAGCCUCCUGUUCAAUAUGAAGAUGUUCACACCAACCCAGACCAGGACUGCUGCCUCCUACAAGUCACCACUCUCAAUUUCAUCUUUAUCCCCAUUGUCAUGGGCAUGAUUUUUACCUUGUUUACCAUCAAUGUGAGUACGGACAUGAGGCAUCAUCGGGUGAGGCUAGUGUUCCAGGAUACUCCUGUCCAGAAUGGUCGGAAACUACGCAGUGAACAGGGUGUACAAGUCAUUUUGGACCCCGUGCACAGUGUUCGUCUCUUUGACUGGUGGCAUCCUCAAUAUCCCUUUUCCUUGAGAGCUUAGUCACUGCCUCCUGUUUUUGGGGGCAGCCCUGAGCCAGUUGGAUAAUCCGUUAGUCAUCAGAAUACAACUAGGAAGGGGGCAGCUGGAUUGCCUUUCCUAUUAGUAACUCAGAUGCUGCUCAAUUUCUGGGGGCUCUCACAUGGGGCAACAGAAGAAUCAAGGGGGGAAACAAUGAUUUGUAAACCUAUUUUAAUGUAAAUUCUGCAUUUGAAAGGAGAAACUUGGCCCUGUUCUUUGCUUUAAAAAGCCCUUUUUGGUGCUAUUGAGUUUGGUGUCCUUUAUUUUAUUAACCCCAGUGAAAAUGGAUGAUCUUGAUUUGAGAGUUCAGCUUUUUUGAAUCCCCAAACUGGAAAGCUUCUGCAUUUCUUUGUGGAUUAGAGUCCCAUAUUGGCCCAUCUGCAUAUAAGUGAAUUUUCUUUUCUCCAGGAAAUAAAACAGGUAGUAGGGUUCUCAGAAAUCUAAUUAUAAUGAUUUUUUUGGUGUGUUUUUUAAAUGGAGAUAUUUGUUGUUUUAAAUCUCCUUUGGCCAUUAAAAAAUCUCAGAUGCUUCUGUUUAUAAAGCUGGAACCUGAGAUUUCCCUAGGAUAUAUUAAAAGAUAGCAAGUCAUGUAUAUAGAUAAAAAGUAAGCACCUGAAAUGUCUUCUGUUAGAUUGUAAUGAAAUUUAAAAAUGAAAAAUAGAAAAGUUAAUACAGGGAAGACACUGUUAUUCUUCUAGAAAUAAGUAGGUAUUUUAUAUCAUUAAAAAAAUAAAAUUGAUUCAUUAUUUCUUUGUAAAAUUGGCUUCCUGGGCUAAGUAGGAGGUCCUGAUCCACCUUACCUUUCUUUACCUUUCACUCAGCUGCUUUUGAUGCCUGUCUGAGUGCCUCCUGAAGCCUAAUCUACUGCAGCUAUGCCGAUAUGUUUAUUCCCUGUAGUAGACAGGGGUGGAGUAUUUCUAUAGCUGGUGAUCUGAGAAAAGAGAACAACUUUUAUGUAAAGCUACCUUGCUGGUUUUUAAUGAUCUUAUGAUCUUGAGAUCUCCACAGUAGUGGUGGUGGUGAUUGGUUAGACAACCGGAUCCCACCUGGAACCCUGCAAAAAGUGGAACCUGCUGUGGGGGUCACCCUGUGUACCAGGUAGCUGAUAACAUAGGUCAACCUACAAAAUGAGUAUUUGCUUCACUCCUUUUUCUAUUGCAUUAGUUCUGCAAAAUCUGAGAAAUUCAUGCCUGAUGAUGCAACUUUGUCUGUUAAGAAGCCUGUUUGGCCUCAUUCUAUACCUUGUGUGUAUUGAGUUAACAAUAACCUGCCCUAGUUAUAAACUCUUCUCUCUCCCUUUUUUAUUUUUGAGAGGCAGUUGACUUGCCUAGAGUCACACAGUUUGGAAGUGCUAAGUGUCUGAGUCUGUUUUGAACUCUUGAGUCCAGGACCAGGCUCUAUCCACUGUGCCAUCUAGCUGCCCCCCUUCCCUCCUCCCCCCCCCCCUUUUUUUUUUAAAACACUGGAAAGUACCAGAAAUAGGAUGACUGAAAGAAGAUUGAAAUUA